AUGGUUUCAUCACGAUCAUCGAUCCUCUUACUCAUCGCAUCUCAAUUAUUGGCUUUAUUACCUUCUACAUCAUACGUACUCGCCAGUUCAUCGAAAUGGACUGAUGUCCAGCCACUAGAACGAGAGAUCCUCGGGUCAGCGACCAGUCCAAGUCCAAAAUUGGGGAAAAGAGCGAGUGGUUAUAACAAUCCAGCUGAUAAUGGUGGUUAUAUGCUUACGAUCGUUAAUGGAACAUACCCAGCUGGUCUGGGUGAACCUUUGAAUGUCAUUCUGUCGGCAGAUUCAGAUAAAGAAGUUUUGGUUAAAAGCACAGAUGAAGGAGGGUUCUUAAAUUAUAUGCUCGUCGCCGGCCUAGGAGAAGAAUGUCUCGGUCAACAUUUGGGAUCCAUCCAGGAGGCCAACUUAGGUGAUAAUCAGGGGAACGUCUCGGAAGUAGAAGAACUACGAUAUAACUAUGGUAAUCCGUAUAUCGGAACCUGUCAAGAGACGUUUAAUGGUGGAUUACAUUUGAGAUAUUGGAUUCAGAAUACCACCAAUGCUUAUUUUAUGGCUGUAUCGGUGGAGAUGGAUCUGAACAGUGGGCAUGAUAUUGUUAGCAAUGGCUACAACAUAGGCCGGGACCAACUAAUUGGCAAUCUGACCGGAACGACUAUCGAGACUAAGAACCUGACCAAUACAUCGACGUUCUCAGGAACAGGUACUUAUAUGAACUACACCUAUCAGACCGACGUUCAGUACGUCUCGGGUUUACUGAAGAACUCAAGUGAUGACAUCAACCAUUAUAUAACGGUCGAGGAAGAUGGUUUACCCGCAAUAGAUGGUCUGGUAGCUGUUUUGACAGUCAAGAUAACUGAUCGUCCUCCGUCGAGCGGCGCAUGGUCGACCAUCUCUGGGGUACCCUUUAUUGCCCUCUUGUUGCCUUUACUCUUUACCUCUCUCGUCACCCUUUUCUAA